CUUGGUGUCGUUUCAGUGCGCUACACUGUACGUCAGAGACUCGGUCUUUCGCCCUGAGAAGUCAGCUCUUGAGCACAGAAGAAGCCCAAAGUCCUUCCCAAGACUCGAGGCGAGGAUAUCCUGGAGAAGUGUUGGACGGUAUCGUGAGUGCUUUGAGUGAUUGCGAAGCCAUAAAAAGGAUAAUAAUUAAGGAUUACGCGGAGAGCGAGUGUGCAUGAAAGAUGGGUGAUCCUCGCGUGUGACCUCAAGUGAUCGUGACCUGCGGAUGCAGAAUGCAUCCUCGUGAGUCAAUUCAUGGAUUCAGAUACCUUUGUUCCGUGGCCAAUUUGCGAGUGAUUCCACAACAAUCCUAAAAAAAAAAAUACAUAUAAGAAAGGAGAGAAAAAAAAGAAGAAAAUUGUGUGCCUAAAGAAAGGGGGAGGAAAAACCGCAUUUUCAUCGGCAUUUCUUGUGGAUUAAUCAGCCUUAGUCUGCAACGAUGAAUUGGAUUAAUUUAACUUUAGCCCUGUGGAUUCUAACCAUCUCGAUGGUUGUUCAGGUGGAAAGUUCUGGUCUGUUUGAGCUUAGGUUAAAGUAUUUUAGAAAUGACAACGCCAGGGACAACACCGGAGCCUGCUGCAGCGGCCGCUCGGACUCUGUGACCGGAAAGUGCAUCGGAACGUGCAAGACACGAUUUCGCGUCUGUCUCAAGCACUACCAGGCCAAGAUUGACACCACGUCGCAGUGCACCUUCGGCGAUGUCAUGACCCCAGUUCUUGGGGAGAACACCAUCAACAUGACGUCGCAGAGCCAGCAGCUCGGCUUCAUCAAUCCCAUCCAGUUCCCCUUCGACUUCGCCUGGCCGGGUACAUUCACAUUAAUUGUGGAAGCAUGGCAUGACACUAAUGAGACGAUAACAAGAUCACCUGGCAUUCUGAUCUCGCGACUGUCCAUCCAGAGAGUGCUGGACGUGUCGUCCAACUGGACGGAGGACAAGCAUGAGUCCGUGUACACGACGAUCCAGUACGACUUCCGGGUGACGUGCGACGCCCACUACUACGGGACGGGCUGCGCCAACCUGUGCCGCCCGCGCGACGACCAGUUCGGCCACUACACCUGCUCGGCCACGGGCGGCAUUGUGUGCCUGUCCGGCUGGCAGGGCGACUACUGCACGAAGCCUCGAUGCCUGCCAGGCUGUGAUGAGCAGCACGGACACUGCACGGUGCCGAAUCAAUGCGUAUGCCAGUCGGGCUGGAAGGGCGAGCUGUGCGACGAGUGCGAGCCCUAUCCGGGCUGCAUGCACGGCACGUGCAAGAAGCCGUGGGAGUGUCGCUGCAACGAAGGCUGGGGCGGCCUGUUCUGCAACCAGGAUCUCAACUACUGCACGAACCACCGGCCGUGCCAGAACGGCGGCACGUGCUUCAACACGGGCCAGGGAUCGUACACUUGCCAGUGCCCGCCGGGCUUCACGGGCGUGGACUGCGACAUCGUGAUCAGCAGCUGCGAGAACGCGCCGUGCCUCAACGGCGCCACGUGUCGUGAUGAGUCGCCGCGCGGGUUCAGGUGCGAGUGUCGCAAGGGGUGGACGGGCAGGCACUGCGACAGGGAGACAGUGACGUGUGCGGACAAGCCGUGCCUGCACGGCAAGUGUCGUGACACGAGCCAGGGCUUCAAGUGCGAGUGUCCGCUGGGGUUCAGCGGCCAGCGCUGUGACACGCAGAUCGACGAGUGCAGCCCCAGUCCGUGCAUGAACGGCGCCACGUGCGUGACCAGCGGCAACUCCUUCCACUGCCAGUGCCCGUCGGGCUUCGCGGGCAAGCGCUGCGAGCGCAACAUUGACGACUGCCAGGGCAAUCCGUGCCUCCACGGCGGCACGUGCAUCGACAUGGUGAAUCAGUUCCGCUGCCAGUGCGUACCCGGGUACAUCGGGUCACUGUGCGAGAACAAGGUGGACCUGUGCCUCACGAAGCCGUGCGCCAACGGCGGCACGUGCACGAACCUGAAGAACGACUAUCGCUGCACGUGCCGCGCGGGCUUCACGGGCCGCGACUGCAGCGUGGACAUCGACGAGUGCGCGUCGGCGCCGUGCCGGAACGGCGGCACGUGCGUGAACCGCGUGAACAGCUUCCACUGCAUCUGCACGAGCAGCUUCGCGGGUCUGCAGUGCGAGCAGGAGUUCAACGCGUCGGCGUGGGACUCGGCCAACAUCUCGCGCCACGUGUCGAGCGUGAGCGGCAGCCCGGAGGCGCACAGCGGGCGCAGCGACGAGCUCAACACCGCCCAGAUCACGCUCAUCGUGAUCUUCUCCGUGGCCAUGCCGCUGGUCGUGAUCAGCGCCGCCGCCGUGGUGAUGUGCAUGAAGCGCAAGCGGAAGCGCGCGCAGGAGAAGGACGACGCCGAGGCGCGCAAGCAGAACGAGCAGAACGCGUCGCACGGCGGCCUGGCGCACCACAACAGCAUGUCGUCGAAGCGCAGCAGCGGCAGCGCGCAGCUCGAGGCGUCGCACAACAUGAUCAAGAACACGUGGGACAAGAGCGUGAACAUGUCGAGCAGCGUGAGUGUGGACGACUGCCUGCUGAAUGCGAGCUUGUACGCGGCGGGUCCGCCCGCCGACCCAGAGUGCUACGGGCAGCUGUCGCCGCUGCAGCGCGCGCGGUCGCAGAAGCAGCUCAACACGGACCCGCUGGUGAUGCACAGGGCGUCGCAGAUCAUCAGCUCAACGCCCAAAGACUUCCACGUGGCCGACAAGCGGAUAUCCGUGCUGUCGGACGCGACGCUGUGCAACACGCGGUGGAUGCCGCCCGUGACACGCCAAAUGGGGCCCUGCAGCCCGCCGCACAUGUAGCCAGGUGAGCGCGCCGCGCAUUCCUAAAUCCAUGACCCCAAAGUGAUGAUGCUAAAUGAACUUUAUAAACCAAUUUGUAUGCGAGUGAGUGUAGAAACUUUGUUUGCGUCUCUCGCACACCAAACGCGCGCGCGCAAGAAGACGAAAUGCAGCCGCGGGAAUUGACAAAAGAGUGACAAAAUCACGGGAUAAGUUGAGAGUUGCUAUGGCCAGUUGGCUGCCCAAGAUCUUCUCCCGCGAUCUCGGCCGCGGCCGGGACAGGUGUGAACGAGGAGAAAUUGUGCAGAGAGAGAGAGAUAGUUUAGUCCUUGCGUGAGAGUUGCUGACGAUCAUCACGCCAGGUUUUGAGCGAUGCGAAGAUGAAGCAGAAGACAAGAAGACGGAGAAUCAUAAGUAUUACAAUGCGUUAUGUGUGUUUGUGUUUUGGUGUGCUUAAAAAAAAAACCGUAGAUUGCGUAUAAUUUCCUCUACUGUUAGCUUAUUAUUUAAAAUAAUAAUAAAUCAUUAGUUAUUUCUAUUGUUUAAUUGUAUUGCCACAGCUUCGUCGCUCUCUUUUCCGCGAUAUUUUCGACGAUGCGUCGCGCGGACUGUCGAAAUAGAGAGAAAGACAAUGAAAAACCAUCCAAUUACAUGCAAUCAUUCGGGAGAAAAUUAAAAGUACACCUCAAUUACCAUUUGGCAAAAUCACCCAAGAUGACAAUUCAUGAGAAAUCGACUCACAAUAGCGAGAAAGAGAGAGAAAGAGAGAGAGAGAGACGAACUAAUGCAAUUCAACAUGUGAAAUCUCAUUAAAAAAAAAACAGUGUUUUUUAGUGGUUUAGAAGGAAGAAAAUUGGAGGAAAAGGCGCGCUUUUUUUGAGUUUUCGUACUGAGUCAGUUUGGAAGUUCUGCUGUGCAGAAUUUGAUGCUUUUCUCGCCACUUGAAAGCCUUAUCCCAAGGUCAGGUCUAGGCGCCAAAAUCUCAAGACUUUGCGGCUGAAUUGAGAGCGAAUCACUUUGCAUGGGAUUUGUUUUACUCUCAGUUUUUUUCUUUUUAAUUCCGAUAUUAUGAUUUUCUUUUUUUUGUGUAUAGAAUUUGAGCGUGAGAGAGAGAGAGAGAGAAAAGGGAGAAAAAGAAAAAGAGUUGGAUAUAUAAAAUAAACACUACACAAUCCCAAGUAUAAAUAUAUAUUUUGUAGAAAGAAGUGAUUAGCAUAAAUUACAAUUGUAAGUGCGAUAAUGCAUAAAUUAGACUCUGUAGGAUUUAUUCACAUACUUUUCAAUUUUUCAAAACAUAUAAGCUACACUAUAUAUAUAUAUAAAAAUUGUAAUAUUGUGAUCAAAACGAUUUAAUUUAUAGUAGUUUGUAUGUUGUUAGGCAUAAAUAAUAAAAACUAAGUCAACAUGUCGAGGCGGAGACGCAAGUUUGAUGAAAAUGCGACAUGAAUUCGCACGAUAAACUUUUAAAUAAUCCACAACUUUUUCUCACACUCCACAGAA